GCCCUCCCACCCCGCCCGAUGUCGCCGGCAUUCUGCGGACCACCGGGGGUCAAUGCGCACCCCCGGUUAGCCUCCACAUGCCAUGACGACAGUGGUCACCCCCACCCAUCUGGGUGGACGGGGGAGGGCCCCGCACCCACACCCACACCCCAUCUCCCCCAGGUACAUCCAGACACUGAAGGACCACCGGCCCCAGAUGGUGUGGGACAGCCAGGCAGCAGAGCACUUCUUCGAGUAUAAGAAGAGCCGCGGCGGGAGGCACGUCGUGUUCUAUCCGACGCUGAAGUCCUUGCAGGUGCGGCUGGAGCUGGCCCAGGAGCUGGGCGUGGGGCUGUCCAUCUGGGAGCUCGGCCAGGGCCUGGACUAUUUCUACGACCUACUGUAGGCCGGGCUUGCAGCCAGCAUUGCCUUUUCUAAGAGACAGAGGGACUAAUGUGUGAAAUACAGACUCUUCCGUUUCUGGA